AUGAAGAUGAUCACAUACGUGAAGAUGGCGUUAGGCGGCGGCGCGAUAUGUAUCGGAGGCCCAGCGCUCAUCUACUGGGUGACACCGACUGAAGAAGAGCUGUUCCUGAAAUACAACCCAGAACUACAGAAGCGAUCAUUGGAGAAGCGCAAAGAGAACCAGGAGAACUUUGACGAGUUUGUGAACAAGCUGAAGGAAUACUCCAAGUCUGACAAGCAGAUCUGGACGGUGUGGGAGCAGGAGGCCGAGAAACAUAGGAAGGCGGGAGUACAGGCCGAGUUGAACAGGAGAAAGGAUGCGGAGGCGAUGAAGCAGGAGAUCAAGAAUUCGUUGAAGUAG